GAAGACGUGGAAAGUAUAAGACCAAACACUCUCUAUCCACAAACACUUGAAACCUCCCGCGAAUCCCAUACCUGUCUGAACAACACACACAUUUUUCAGAUAAGACCACCAAAAAAACACACACUCACACACUACAACAAUGGCUUCUACUACUACAACUAGUCUCCAUGUACUUACAGACCGCAGUAUAAUUCUCAAAUCAUCUUUUUUUAACUCUUUAUCUACUCUUACUUGUCUUCCUCGAAACUCCAAGACUCGCAAUCGCAUUGCUGUGCCUAAAGCUUCUUUGAAUCGGAGACAGUUGAUUGCUGAUACUGCCGCGGCAACUGCGGCGGCCAUUUCGUUGGGCUCCUCGGCGUUUGUGCUUCCGGCGAGGAGUGAAGAUCAGUUGUCGGAGUGGGAGAGAGUUUCGCUUCCGAUUGAUCCUGGUGUUGUUCUGCUUGAUAUUGCUUUUGUUCCUGAUGACACUUCUCACGGUUUUUUGUUGGGAACAAGGCAGACUUUAUUGGAGACGAAAGACAAGGGGAGUACUUGGGUUCCACGUUCCAUACCUUCUGCAGAGGAUGAAGAUUUUAAUUACAGAUUUAACUGUAUUAGUUUUCAAGGGAAGGAAGGGUGGAUUGUGGGAAAGCCUGCUAUUUUAUUGCAUACUUCGGAUGGCGGAGACAGCUGGGAACGAAUUCCAUUGAGUGCUGAAUUGCCUGGAGAUAUGGUGUACAUCAAAGCAACUGGAGAUAAGAGCGCAGAAAUGGUAACUGAUGAAGGUGCUAUAUACGUUACAUCCAAUAGAGGCUACAACUGGAAGGCUGCUGUGCAGGAAACUGUAUCAGCCACUCUCAACAGAACAGUUUCUAGUGGCAUUAGUGGUGCGAGCUACUACACAGGGACUUUCAAUACAGUGAACCGUUCACCAGAAGGCAACUAUGUUGCGGUGUCAAGUCGUGGUAACUUCUACCUGACUUGGGAGCCUGGGCAGCCCUACUGGCAGCCACAUAAUAGGUCAGUUGCUCGAAGAAUACAGAACAUGGGCUGGAGGGCUGAUGGUGGCCUUUGGCUUCUUGUACGCGGUGGGGGUCUUUAUCUCAGCAAAGGCACGGGGAUAACAGAGGAAUUUAAUGAAAUUCCGGUGCAGAGUCGUGGCUUUGGCAUUCUUGAUGUUGGGUAUCGAUCAGUGGAUGAAGCUUGGGCUGCUGGGGGCAGCGGGGUACUGUUGAAAACUAAAAAUAGUGGCAAGACUUGGAGUCGUGACAAAGCAGCUGAUAAUAUUGCUGCCAAUCUGUAUUCAGUAAAAUUCAUUAAUGAUAAGCAGGGAUUUGUCCUAGGAAAUGAUGGAGUUCUGUUAAAAUAUCUCGGAUGAACAACAUACCUACAUACAUGGCUCUUAUCUUUGCUUUCCCCCCUCCAAUUUUGUACUGAUAUCAUAUGUUGGCAUUUCUACGGCAUGACAAAGGAACAAAAACUAAGUAUUCAAUAUAGAAGCUCUCCUCCGCCAAGAUACUUGGAUAUUAUGUAUCCAUUCAUUGUCAGAUUGUGUGCUGCAUGUAUAGUUUUGUAAUCAUAUUAACAUGGCCACCAGAUUUGAGACUCCCAUAUAAGCAUAGUUGUUGACAUUGUC